AUGGCCGAAUUUGAACUCAAGAUCUCGUCGUCCUCGCCUUCCAUCUUGGACGAUACCCAUGUUCUGGUGCACCAUGGACACUGCCUCUUCGAUGCACGGCAAUUCAGGAAGCUCUCUGAUGUGGAAACGGUGUAUCCGUCGUCUACGGCGCACAAACUGAGUAAUGUAAUGCUAAACUGGAAUCUGCUUUUUCGCAAAGCUCAGCUUCUUGGCGAGCUUGACCUCAAGCAAACUCUCGACGACGAAUCCUUGGCUGAGAGAGCCCUCUCGCUGGUCUCGAAAAACUGA